AUGGCUACGCUCAACGAGUGUGAAGAGGCGCUGCGCGCACACCUGGAGCAGUUUGAGGAUGUCUCAGCCGCGACCGUGCAGACCCCGAAUCGUGAGCUGGCUCGAUUAUGCGCCCGCGCCGCCGCGGCGAGUCUGGACCAACCCCACGCGCGCGAUGGUCAUAGUCUAGCCGCCAUUGCUUGGGCGGGCGCCGUCGAGUUUUUUGGGGAGCCGGCCACGGGGCAGCUGCUCAAGGCCAAGGCGUACGGUCGGCUUCGGCGCCAUCGGGCCGCUCGUGACCUGUACCGGGAUGUGGCAGACGCAGUACAGGUGGCACAGCACGUCACCGCUACGAGUGCCACGGAUCUUUUUGACGAACGCGAGCAAAACACGGGGCUCACGCAACCCCAGGAGCUUGUGCUCGGCACCCCCGAACGCGCCCAGGAUCGGCGCAGCUUUGCGCACCGGCAGGCAGCCGCUCACGAUCGCAGUCUGCAGGAGAGUGUCACGGCCGCUACGAAUCGACAGGACAACUUCAAUGCCAUCUACACGCAUCUGGAUGAGAGCCCUGUCAAACACAUCCGCCUGUUUGGAGCCAAGAGCGUGGCCAACCUUCCAGACCAGGGGCAGUGUACACUGGCCACCCUCGCCUCGAGUCCGACCACACCACUGACGGCUGCCCGUCAGCGCAUCGUGCAGUCUCUCUGGACAGCGGUCCAGCCCGCCUCCGAGGCCGCCACGGCCGAGGACGUGGAGCAACUCUUGAGUCCGUUCAAGACGGCCACGCAAAUCACGAAUAGCACCCACCUCAGCCUCGUGAGCUGGAACGUCAAGCUGGCCAACCUCACUGAUCAGCGCGCAGAUUCGUUGCGCACGAGCAUCGACAGCAAGGCUGCAGUGGCUGCCAAGCUGGUGGCCGAUGUUGGGGCAGAUGUCCUGGUGCUGCAGGAGUGCCCUGGUCGGUAUUAUCAGCAGAGGCAGGCAAGUCGGCUCCACCGCGAGGCCUACAAGCAUGACUGGAUGGGCGGGGCGGUCAUCCGCGCUCUGCACAACCAAGACGGCUUUCCUCUUCCACGCCACUACGAUGUUGCUUCGAUCGACGUGCACAAGCUGCUCCAGGAUGGCGCAACCAUACAGGACCUGGGCGAGCGGCACUUGUUUGCGUGGAACACGGCACGCUUUCGCCUGUUGGAGGACGGUCCCGCCCUCCUGGGGGACAGCAGCCUGGUGGACGAGUCGAGCGCCAACACAAGUCCCGAGCCGGAUCAAGGGCGGCGGCAGGCAGCGUCAGGUCAAGUGACACCUGUCCUCAAAGACGAGCCCACCGAAGAGGACUACAAACCCGCAGAGUUGGGCGAACGAGGCUCAGUCUCGGACGUAGUAGGUUCGAAGCCGGUCUUGGAUUCGGCCUUUUAUCGGCCACCUAGUUAUGUGGUCCUGGAGGAGCAUCGUAAGCCGAGCGCCGACGGAACAGAGGGCCCUGGGUUGGUGUUGGUCGUUGUCUCCUGCCACCUCAAGGCUGGUGGAGGCGAGUUGACCAUGGAUGAGACGAGGCGCACGGCUCGACAAUGCCAAACGCUUUUCCAGCGUCUGAGCCUGGCACACCCUGAUCGAGCUUUGGCGGUCGUGACUUGUGGUGAUUUUAAUCUCGAUCCCAAGCAGGUGGCUCUGAUCUUUCAGGAGGAGCAGGGCAUUUUGGCCAGUAAGAUUGAGUUUCUGUCUCUCUCCGAUGAUCAAGUUAGCCUGCCUCCUCCAACCAAUCAAUGGCAAUUCUGUGCACACGGCCGGGUGGAGGACGGGUCUGCCUACGACGGGGCCUUGCUCGCCACCACGGAGCAUGCCCAGGUGCCCGCCUCAGCGUGCCGGCCCGUAGCCUUGACCGAGUUUGUGGGCCCUGUGGCAGAGGAGAUGCAGCGGGUAGGACAAGCCGUGGCCAAAGCUGUGGCCCAAAUACUGGAUGGUUCUGCCGUCACAGCAAUCUCCCGCCAAGCGCUGGCUGCCUUCUUGCCCAGUGCAGCAGCUGUGGAUGGGGUACCCUCGGUGGUUCGCCAAGCAUACCAAAAGGAGGUGGGACGCAAUUUUUCCGACCAUCAGCCUCUGCUGGUCAAGCUGCGCUUAGACCAUGAGCUGAAGGAGUCAGAUCCAAACGUGAGCUUCUAA